UACCUAGGUACAUGGACCCCAUGUGCAUAUGUUAAGAUUCUCGUCGAUGUUAAAAAGAAGCUUCUCUACCAUGAAAGAAGUCCCCGAUUAUUCGCUGUGGACAAAGGAACAACUCAUCAAAAAAAUCAAAGAAUUGGAAAAUGUUCCCACACCCAAGGCCGUCAAGAAACAAAAGCCCUUUGACUUCUCCAAGCACAAUACCCGGUUUGUGGCGUUGAAAUUUGCAUACUUGGGGUGGAAUUACUCAGGGUUGGCCUACCAGUUCGAGCCUACACCCAAGCCCACUAUUGAAUCCGAGUUGUUGAACGCAAUGGUGACUGCCAAAUUGAUUGAAGAUGUCGAUCCUUCCGCUUGUAAGUUCAGCAGAUGUGGCAGAACAGACAAGGGAGUCAGUGCAAUGAACCAGGUUAUCUCGUUGAGACUCAGGUCAGCCUUGACUGACGAGGAACAGUUGUUGGAAGAAAAUGACGUCAAAGAACUCCCAUACAUAACCAUCUUGAACUCAUUGUUACCAUCGGACAUCAGAGUCACUGCCGUGUGCUUGAGACCACCCAAGGGGUUCGAUGCCAGAUUCAGUUGCAACUAUAGACACUACCGGUACCUCUUCAAGAAGGAUGAGUUGGAUCUCGAGUUGAUGAACGAUGCGGCCAAGCUCUACGAAGGUCUUCAUGAUUUCAGACAUUUUUGCAAGAUUGAUGGGUCUAAACAAAUAACUAAUUACAAGAGAAAUAUCCACAGUGCCAAGAUCGGCCAAUUAAACGAAAAGUACUACUACUUCGAUUUGAAGGGAAGUGCCUUUCUCUGGCAUCAGGUCAGAUGUAUGAUGGCCAUUCUCUUUCUUAUUGGACAGAAAUUGGAGCCUCCUAGCGUGAUCACCGACCUUUUAGAUGUUGAGAGAUUCGAAGGAAAGCCUCACUACGAGAUGGCCAACGAUAUUCCCUUGGUGCUAUACGACUGUUCAUACGACGAUUUACAAUGGAAAGUUCCACUCGACAUCGGGCACCAGAAUAAGCAUUUGAAGUGUUUCACCAACUUCAAGGGAAUUGCGCUUGACUACCAAGUAAAAUCGAAUAUUGUCACGAUCAUGGAGGAUAUUUUCCUCAAAGAUGCCGAUAAGCUUACCAACGCUCCAGGCUGCGGAAGCAUCAACGUUGGCAAUGGUAGUGGUAGAAACUUCACCAAGUAUGUCAAGGUGGAGGAUAAGGAGAAGGGUCAGUCGUACGAAGUGGUGAACGAGAAGCAUAAGGCAAAGAAGCAAAAGAAGAACCAGGCGGCCAAGCUAGCAGCCCAAGAGGAGAACCUGGAGGAGAAGUCGCAGUAACGGUGGAAGCUAGCUGAGCUGGCAGGAUGUACACCAAGCAAUACAUAGAAGCCAAUGGCAAAUAGACUGUAUUAAUACACGAAAGGAAAAAUGGUAUCUGAUUUGAAUU